AUGUCUUACACGGUGGGAAUCGUCGGUGCCACGGGCGCCGUCGGUCAGGAAAUCCGCAACGUUCUGGAAACACGCGACUUUCCCGUCGAGCGCUUGCGCAUUUUCGGAUCGGCACGCUCCGCCGGAUCCACCGUCGCCACCAAGUACGGAGACGUCACCGUCGAACUCUUUGACGUGGCCGCCGCCAAACAGUGCGAUGUCGUCUUUCUCGCCGUGUCCGGAGACUUCUCGCUCGAGCACGCGCGUCAUCUCACCCAAGGAGACGACGCCACGGUGUGCAUUGACAAUUCGUCCGCCUUUCGCUACGAAGCCGACGUUCCCUUGGUCGUGCCGGAAAUCAACGGAGCCGAAACCAAAAAGAGCAAAUUGAUUGCCAAUCCCAAUUGCACCACCGCCAUUGCUCUCAUGGCACUCUGGCCCUUGCAUCAACUGUUUGGUCUCAAAAAGGUCAUUAUGAGUACCUACCAGGCCGCUUCCGGGGCGGGACAGCCUGGGAUGGAUGAACUCACGCAGGGAACUCAGGCCUACUUGAAUGGCGAAGCCGUCGAGAACAAUAUCUUUGCGCAUCCUCUCCCCUUUAACGUUAUUCCGCAAAUCGAUAAAUUCCAAUCCAACGGAUACACCAAGGAAGAAAUGAAAGUCACCUGGGAAACCCGCAAGAUCUGUGGCCUCCCCGACGACUUUCCCCUCUCCUGCACCGCCGUACGUAUUCCCACCAUUCGCGCGCAUUCCGAAUCCAUCGUUGUGGAAACGGAACGACCCGUCGACGUGGCCGCCGCCCGACAAGCCCUCGCCCAAGCCCCCGGCGUCAAACUCGUCGAUAAUACCGAACAACUAGAAUAUCCCAUGCCGCAGACCGCCACCGGACAGUACGACGUCGAAGUUGGACGACUCCGCAAAUCUAUCGUCUACGGAGACUACGGACUCGAACUCUUCGUCUGCGGUGAUCAACUCUUGCGUGGAGCCGCCCUCAAUGCCGUACUCGUCGCCGAAGAAAUGGUCACCAACGGAUCCCUCCAGGCUAAGAAAACUGCCUAG